AUAGGACAAUCUCGCCACUUCUCUAACUUCCCCACUCUUCUCUGAACUCUGAACUCAAUAAUAAUAGUUAAAAAGAAAAAAAAAAAAACAAUACACUAUUCUACAAUUUCUGGGUGUGUAAGAACAAGACUUUCAGGAAGAGAAAGAAAGGAAGAGAGAGGGAGAUCGAAUCGAUCGAUUUCUCUUUUCCUUCUUCUUUCUUCUUUCUUCUUCUCUUUCGUAUCGGAGUUUACUAGAAAGCUGAAAUGGCGGACGAGCCUUCCCUCACUCGCUGGACUUUUCAGUUUGGGAGGAAGAAAGCUCCUGAUACCAAGGAGGGGGAUGAUCACAAUGGAGUGGUGUCUAAUGGGUCUAAUGGCAACUAUUCAAAUGGUACUGCCGAAAGGAACAGCCAUGGCAAGGCAAAAUCUGAUUUGGCCAUUUACGAGCAGUUUCAAAGCCAGGUACAUGUUAUUUUAUGGCUCUUACAGAUCUUUAUAUAUCCUUGAAAUCUAGUUAAUAUUGCUGAAAUACCUGAUCUUUUAGGGUACUGGGAGCUUGGCAAACAAUAAUGGAGUAUCAUCUGCUGGAAUUGAUGCCCCGUAUGUUUUAGUACUGAUAUGAUGUGCUCGAAGUUCUGUUUUCCUUUAUUGUGUAGAGUGACUGUGGGAGAGCUAAAAUGAGAAAAUUUUGAUUGUAAAAUGUAUGAUCCCUCGGUUCAUUUGAAUUUUAGAUCAGGUCAAAACCCUCAUCAUUGCCACCCAACAGAUCUCAUUAGGGGUGUACUUUUGUCGUUUCCCCCUUUUCAACCGUUUAACCAUUUAUGUUUGUGGAUUGUGGAACGUCUUUCACCUUGUAAAUGUUUCUUUUUCGGAUUUAAUUAUUUCAAUGUCCUAAGUCAAGCAUGUAAUUCCAUUUUGGCAUAGACUUAAUUAUAGGAGUGCAAAUGGACCCUUGUUGAUUGAAUUUCUGCAUCUGUAAGAUUGGGGGAAGGAAUUUGCUUGAGUAUAGAAACCUGCCAUGUCUCUAUUUGGCAAUAUUUUGGCUGAUGUGUCUGUGAAUGUUUGUGUUGAAUAAUCUUGUACUGUAGUACUCCCUCUCAUAAUUAUUGUCUGGUUUUGAUUUCAGUUCUAGUAUAAUUUAUACUAAAAAUGAAAAACCAAAAUGGAAAAUAGUUUCGGACGGAGGGAGUAUUAACUAUGAUAAAUUAUUCUCUAUAUCAACAACGAGGAGUAUUUGCAAAUUAUGUGGAUGCAAUACUGUGGCACAAUACAUUUUGAGUGAUGUUUUCUAGAGCAUCAACUGUUAGUGUACACGAUUGUGACAACUGCAUUCUUUGUUCUGCAUAUAUUCUCUUGAUAAGAAAUUGAAGUUCUUUUUUCAGGCAAAGACCCUUGCUUCCUCCUUUUGAAUCAGUUGAAAUGCGAAAUCUAGCCGAAAGCUUGAGCAGGGAUAUCAUCCGUGGUAGUCCUGAUGUUAAAUGGGAAACUAUCAAGGGCUUGGAAAAUGCUAAGCGCCUUUUAAAAGAAGCAGUCGUAAUGCCGAUUAAAUAUCCCAAGUACUUCACUGGUCUCCUGUCACCUUGGAAAGGGAUUCUUCUUUUUGGUCCUCCAGGAACUGGAAAGACAAUGCUUGCCAAAGCUGUUGCAACUGAGUGCAAAACGACAUUUUUCAACAUUUCUGCAUCCUCAAUUGUCAGCAAGUGGCGUGGUGAUUCGGAGAAGCUGGUGAAAGUAUUAUUUGAGCUUGCUAGACAUCAUGCACCUUCAACCAUAUUUCUUGAUGAGAUUGAUGCUAUAAUCAGUCAACGAGGAGAGGGGCGAAGUGAACAUGAGGCUAGCAGACGGUUGAAAACUGAGCUCCUUAUACAGAUGGAUGGUUUGACACGGUCGGAAGAGCUAGUUUUUGUUUUGGCAGCAACAAACCUUCCAUGGGAACUGGAUGCUGCAAUGCUCAGGCGCCUUGAAAAACGGAUCCUUGUUCCACUCCCAGAACCAGAAGCACGGAGAGCCAUGUUUGAGGAACUCUUACCAUCUGCCUCUGAUGAUCAGAAUCUUCCUUAUGACUUGCUCGUAGAGACCACAGAGGGUUAUUCUGGAUCAGAUAUUCGCUUGUUGUGCAAAGAGGCAGCCAUGCAGCCCCUACGACGUGUAAUGUCUCUUCUUGAAAACAAACUAGAAAUCGUGCCAGAUGACGAGUUGCCGAAAGUUGGACCAAUCACGCCUAGGGACAUAGAGGCAGCUUUGAAGAACACACGGCCCUCUGCUCAUCUCCAUGCUCAUCGGUAUGACAAGUUCAAUGAAGACUACGGUAGCCAGAUACUCCAGUGAGGAGAAAAUGUUCUAAUCUUCUUCUUGCUCCACUGUUAUGUGUUUUGAUGUUAAAGGAUUGGUUUUUUUUCUAGAAGUACUAGCCAUUAGGAUCCUCUCUCUUUCAUCUGUAAUUUAUUGUUACACAUUUACUUUUCAAUGUAAGUUUUUUGAACGAGACAUCUCUAGCAGAAGAUUCUUUGUUGCACUCUGGAUUCUCCAUCAUUAUCCAUCAUAUCUGGUGGUGUUCAGUGUCUAUGAAGACAAAAGAAUGAUAAAAUUAAAAAAAAAUGUUGAAUUGAAUGAGGAUAAUGAAUCCUUUGCGAAUCCC